CGGGAACAACGGCGACGCGGCUGGUGAACGAGGAGGCAACGAAGAAGCUGAAGCGCCUCGGAUCAGGUUCGCUACAUGCAACAGAUCUUUGAUUCCUAGUUGAAUUAUUACCCUUUGGAUCAAGAUGCCAGCAGCAAUUGGAGGUCCUGUGGGAUACACGCCUCCAGAAGGAGGUUGGGGUUGGGCCGUAGUUGUCGGUGCCUUUAUCUCAAUUGGCUUUUCCUAUGCAUUUCCAAAAUCCAUCACAGUAUUCUUCAAAGAGAUAGAGCAAAUCUUUGAUGCUUCUAGCAGCAAAGUGUCCUGGAUCUCCUCCAUCAUGCUGGCAGUAAUGUACGGAGGAGGUCCCAUCAGCAGCAUCCUGGUGAACAAAUAUGGCAGUCGUCCAGUCAUGAUUGCAGGGGGCUGUUUGUCAGGAUGCGGUUUGAUUGCUGCUUCUUUCUGUAAUACUGUGGAAGAGCUUUACUUCUGUGUUGGGGUUGUGGGAGGACUUGGACUUGCGUUUAAUUUAAACCCAGCCUUGACUAUGAUUGGCAAGUAUUUCUACAAGAGGCGUCCCCUGGCUAAUGGACUGGCAAUGGCAGGCAGCCCUGUGUUUUUGUCUACUUUGGCUCCCUUGAACCAAUAUUUCUACAGCAUUUUUGGUUGGAGAGGGAGCUUCUUAAUUCUUGGGGGGCUCUUGCUGAACUGCUGUGUUGCUGGAUCUCUGAUGAGACCAAUAGGACCCAAACCAGACUCACAGAAGAAAGAGGCUACUAAAGAAGUGUUGCAGGAAGCUGGUAAACCUGUGAGAAAAGGAGGAGAAGCAGAUGUCAACACAGAUCUUAUUGCUGGGAAGACAAAAGAAGAGAAAGCCACAAUCUUCCAAACUAUUAACAAGUUCUUGGAUUUGUCCCUCUUCACACAUCGUGGUUUCUUACUCUAUCUGUUUGGCAAUGUGGUCAUGUUUUUUGGACUGUUUACACCAUUAGUCUUCCUCAGUAAUUAUGGGAAGAGUCUGCAUUUCUCUAAUGAGUCUUCUGCCUUCUUGCUGUCCAUUCUGGCCUUUGUAGAUAUGGUUGCCAGGCCAUCCAUGGGCUUGGUAGCAAAUACCAAGUGGGUGAGGCCCAGAGUGCAGUAUUUCUUUGCUGUGUCUGUGAUCUAUAAUGGUGCAUGCCACCUUCUGGCUCCUUUAGCCACCACCUAUGCUGGCUUUUGCAUCUAUGCUGGCUUCUUUGGAUUUGCCUUUGGCUGGCUGAGCUCUGUCUUAUUUGAGACACUGAUGGAUCUAGUUGGGACUCAGCGAUUCUCCAGUGCUGUUGGUUUGGUGACUAUUGUGGAAUGCUGCCCUGUGCUUUUGGGGCCACCUCUCCUAGGUAAACUGAAUGAUAUAUAUGGUGACUACAAAUAUACCUACUGGGCGUGUGGCAUCAUCCUAGUCGUGUCCGGAAUCUUCCUAUUUAUUGGAAUGGGAAUCAAUUAUCAGCUCAUGGCUAAAGAGGAGGAAGCCAAGCAGAAGGUUGAUGGGAAAGAAGAGGAAACCAAUGUUGAUGAGGCUGUGAAACAAAAAGAGCCUAGCAAUAAGGUGGUCAAUCUGCCUCAGAAAACUACAGAAGAUGGUAUAAAAGAGGAGGAGAGCCACAUGUGAGGGAUUGGUAUUUUAAGUCCAGGAGGAUAGGAUAAAAUAUUAUUAACAUGAUAUGUUGUGUUUGGAAGCACUACUGGUUGUGGGCAAUGAUGAGAAGUGUAAAAAUCAGGUGAUUUUUUUAAAGAAAAAACAAAACUACAAAUUGUGUGUAUAUCAGCAUUUGACAGGAGUUACAGAGCUCAGUGGGCAGUGCCAUCUUUUUAUUGGGACUGGGUGGGAAGGGAGGGAAGUUUUUAUACUCUGGCUUUUUUAACAGUAAUGUGAAUGUACUAAUAUGUGCCUUAGAGCUUCCACAUUUACACUAUUGGCAAAGCCUUAACUCCAGCCUACAAAGUGUUCUCCUUGCAAGUAUGUAGUGUGCCUAGGCUGUUUCCAUGAAGGGUGUCUGACUUGUUUUGUUCAUAGGGCCCCAAAGUUGAGUGUUAAAUGAACACUAUCUCAAAGUUCCAAAACACACUGCUGCUUAGAAUCUCUUGGCAGAAUGGGGCAUGGGGUGGGGGGAGAGAUUGGUAGAUCUUGAUGCAGUAGUUUUUUAGUUCUGAAAUUUCUGGAUGACAGGGUCAAACUGAUUGUGCUGUCUAGCUAGCAUCUUUUGAAAACCUUUUCUAACUUGCAGAAUUUUUUAAUCUCCUCCUGGUUAAAUCUGAGGUCUUAGAACUGAGUAAACUAUGUAAAGAGACACUUUCAUACUCUUCUCACAACUUACUAUGGAGUCAAACCUACUGUUUAACUAUUAUGCCUUUGGCUGUUUUUGGCUUAGAAAGUUUGUAUUGACGGAAUAACACAAAAUGAAACAGGUAUCAGUGCAAGAGAGUGAGCUGAGUAUGAAAUGCGUUCCUUAAUUGUAGUUAGGAGAAUCAAAAUAUAUAUCUUUUAACAAUUUCUCAGAAUGAUUCUGUGCCUGAAUCAACUAUCGUAGACAUACUCAUUAGAAAGUAAGUCCCACUGAAAUUGAGUUGACUUACUUCCAAGUAAGUGCAUGUAGAAUCAGGCUUAUCAUCUGCAUCACUGCCACUUAUACCUGUUUCACUGCUGUUCAACUCUGCUGCUUUCAAAUGAGAUGUUUUCAGUUUUUACGUUCCUUUUUACCUGGGCAAAACACUAAUACUCUGCUCUGUGCUUAUGAAUAACUGCCUUAACGCUUGCUAACAUGCCAGAACAGGUACAGCAGAAAACUAUCCCUGACUUCAUUGAGGAUAUGGCUCUACAUCAGUAACAGCUUGCCUCUUUCCUGUGGUGGGAAAAAGAGUUUCCGUUUACAUUUCCCCCUUAGAUCAAUUUACGUUUCCCCCUUUGCAAACUAAACAGCCUCCCCAGUGAAGGCAUUACUAGUUCUUCUCAGCAUCCUCAUUCCUAAUGAGCUGAGAAUAUGAAUUGAUACGUAAUUGCUCAAAUGCAGGAUAUUUGUCUGGAAGAAGAUGGGAUAAUCCUAAGUAUAUGUCAUGAAAAUUACAAUUUACAUGGAAGGGUCAGAGAGCAGUUUCUCAGCCAUUGCUAAUUCUACUAAAAGUUAAUCAGUAACACUCACUACUUCUUCCAAUAAAUUCUUUUGUAUAAUUCUGCCCAGUCUCCUGCCUACUUGAGUCCUUUUUGGCCACAUUCCUUUUUUGGCCACAUUCCAAAGUGUGUGGGUCCUUGUGAGGAUUAAGAUCUAAGUUAGCCCUUUUUGCAAAUAAAGUUUUAUUUAAUUAAGAUGUAUUUUCAUGAGUUACUCAGUCCUAUGAAAGCUAGCAGAUCCUCACUCAGUGUGCCUGCUGGAGUGAAUGGUGUUAUCUUGAUCACAUAGGUGUAAUGUUCAGACACCCUUAAACUGGAACUAGAUACAUGGAAUGCUUAGCUGUCAAUGCCCAAAUGUGGACCUAUCUCAUCUCUUCCUCAUUUCAUCUGAUGACUUUUUAUAAUGCAAAACAGGUGAUAACAGUAUGCUUCUGGUUUCUGUGCCCUACAGUGUUUGGCCUCUCUUUUUCUCUACAAUUUGUAUUAUAAUACAAUAAAAUGGAAUUGAGUGAAUAUAUACUGAUCAUCUUGUACAUUGUUCACUACAGUGGGCCAGUUUCAUUAGCUGCAGGUUGAGACUCAUACACACAGCUUGGUAGUAUCUUGUACUUUUGUAUUGCUACAUGUUGCCAGAUGGAAGAAGGAAAAAGAGACAUGGGCCUGUGGUUUGUUGGCAGCGACGUAGCCUUUCUGUAUGUUAAGUUCUAGCCUCAGUGUUAAAACAAGUAGCUGUGCUGUAUUUGUCUUCUACUCUAAGAUGCAGAGAGAUUAAAAUUUGCUUUUGCAUACUUUUUGAUCAGUGGGGAUUUUGCUUGAUAACAGCCCUACAUUGGUGUCUUGUAACUUAUUUUCCUGUAAACUACUGUUUCUUUCCAGACUCUGACAGGUGUUUCUGAUGUUGUCCUUGCCAUUUGGUUUGUUCUGGUCAGUUGGAGAAGACUGCUCUUGUACAAUGUCCUAUAACACUGAAUGUGCAGGCCAUCUCUGUAAUAAUGUUGGGUGACUUCUCCUGUGUGUUACCACUCCAGAAGUACAGGACUUUUUUUGCGUGGGACCAUUUUCUUGCUAAAUACAGGUUUGAAGUAGAGCAAGAAUUUCUCACACCAAAUCCUCUCUGCAGUUAGCAAAACCAAUACUGACCCAUGAUAGUCCACAGUUUCAGUGAGGGCAUAUUAGAGGACCCUCAUAGGCUUUGCAGGAAUAGCGCUGUCUUGUGAAUGGCAUGUGGGUUGUUUUGUGAGGCAAUGCUGCAAAUUAUUCAUCUAACAUCAAUAAAGUGUCACAUUCCUGAAUUCAUGUAAGCAAGAAAGUUUUAGAUAGAAAUGCAGUUGCAGGCUUUCUCCCAGAAAGAAUGAGAUGCCUUUAUGCUUGGUGGUUUGCAUUUAAUAUGAGUGUUACAAUUAAUAUGGGUGUUGAAGUAAACUGCAGUACAUUGCUUGUCUGUUAGGAUGAUAAAUCAGAUUUCUUGUAAACUCUUCAGUCUUUACAAGAAGGUCCAUUCAGACACAUUGUUAAAUGCUGAUCACUGCAUGAGGCCCUAGUCUUCUCCCGCUGUAAUUAUCUUCUGUUAAAAGACAGGAGUUUGAUAAGUUUUGCCCUCUGAUCUGUCUCCACUGUAUCCUGAAAACUUUUCACACAGAGAACCUGUAUUGUCUUGUUAAAGCUCAUACUGAAGAGAGAAUGCUUUUAAUUUUGCAGAGCGCCUGUAUGCUUAGAAUGCUAUGCAAAUAGUAGUGCUAGGAAAUGGUCCAAACAUAGUUAGUAUGCAUAUAGCUGAACAAAUCAGAUUUUGGGUUUUUUGUACCCCCCCCCCAACUUCAUAGCUUCUGACAAGUGACCUUCCCUUUGUAAAAAAAAAGUUUCUGGAAAUCCCUGGACAGUAUUACUCAGUGCACUGUGAAGUCCACUAUUCUGUUGUCUUGGCUGCUGAAGUUAGUUACUAUUUUUUUAUUUUGUUAUUGCAUUCUGCUCUAAAAUUGUAUAAAAGGAGCAGGUCAGGGUAUUUUCAUAUUUUAAAAUAAGUUUAUAAAACCAAUAGUGUUUUGUAUGAACAGAUUUUAUUGUACUAUGCUGAGAUGUGACAUUGUAAAACCAAGUUAUUGUAUGUUCAAAAAUUCCAUUUGUCAAGAGUUCUUCAUAGCAACUGGUUCACAUUGCAAUAAACUAACCAUUAAAAUUG